UUUUAAAAUUUAAAAGAUCAUUCACCCUUCUCUUUACUUCACAAGAUCAACGGUUCGCAGAUUAACACCCUCAACACUUACCGUCCACCUUCAAUUCCCCACGCUCGGGGAAAUUCACACCACAACCACCUCACGACACUCGACUUAAUCACACAUUCAAGAUUUCUUAUUUUCUCUCUAAAAUUCGAAUUUCCAAAACGCUACCUUCCUGAUCUACACAUACAGAUCAUGGCGGAAGAACCUGCGACGAUGCCGUUUCCACAGCAGUCAACGACGGCGGCUGUGCCGUUGGGAGGCUCCGUCAUACCUAUAGUGAAUAAGCUACAGGACAUCUUCGCUCAGCUUGGGAGUCAGUCCACGAUCGAGCUUCCGCAGGUGGCGGUGGUCGGCAGUCAAAGCAGCGGCAAGUCCAGUGUUCUAGAAGCUCUCGUCGGUCGCGAUUUUCUGCCGCGUGGGAAUGAUAUUUGUACACGUCGUCCUCUCGUGCUUCAGCUCCUGCAGAUUAACACUGACGAGGAGUACGGCGAGUUUCUGCACUUGCCUGGGAAGAGGUUUUAUGAUUUUUCGGAGAUCAGGAGACAGAUUCAGGCUCAAACAGACAAGGAAGCAGGAGGAAACAAAGGUGUAUCAGACAAGCAAAUCCGUUUGAAGAUUUUUUCUCCUCAUGUUCUUGAUAUUACACUUGUUGAUCUGCCUGGUAUAACAAAGGUUCCUGUGGGUGAGCAGCCUGCUGAUAUUGAAUCACGAAUCAGAACAAUGAUUAUGUCAUACAUCAAACAACCAAGCUGUCUCAUUCUAGCUGUUACACCAGCAAAUUCAGAUUUAGCAAACUCAGAUGCUCUUCAAAUUGCUGGAAUUGCUGAUCCAGAUGGUUACAGAACCAUAGGUGUAAUCACAAAGUUGGAUAUUAUGGAUAGAGGUACUGAUGCUCGUAAUUUGUUGCUUGGUAAAGUAAUUCCCCUCCGACUUGGUUAUGUAGGCGUUGUGAAUCGUAGUCAGGAGGAUAUUAUUCACAACCGAAGUAUUAAGGAUGCUCUAGUAGCCGAAGAAAAGUUCUUCCGCAGUCGUCCGGUAUAUAGUGGUCUGGCAGAUCGUUGUGGUGUUCCUCAGUUGGCAAAGAAAUUGAACCAGAUUCUAGUACAGCAUAUCAAGGCUAUACUUCCAGGGUUAAAGUCCCGCAUAGGCUCUGCCCUGGUUUCUGUGGCAAAGGAGCAUGCAAGCUAUGGAGAAAUCACAGAAUCAAAGGCUGGUCAGGGAGCUCUUCUCCUGAAUAUUCUUUCUAAAUACUCUGAAGCAUUUUCUUCAACGGUGGAGGGGAAAAAUGAGGAAAUGUCCACAUCUGAGCUUUCUGGUGGUGCAAGAAUUCAUUAUAUAUUUCAAUCAAUCUUUGUGAAGAGUUUAGAGGAAGUUGAUCCAUGUGAGGACUUGACUGAUGAUGACAUUCGAACAGCUAUUCAGAAUGCAACUGGUCCUAAGUCUGCACUAUUUGUACCAGAAGUACCAUUUGAAGUUCUUGUUCGACGGCAAAUUGCUCGUUUGUUAGAUCCAAGUCUUCAGUGUGCCAGGUUCAUAUAUGAUGAGUUGAUAAAGAUUAGCCAUCGCUGUCUUGUGAAUGAACUGCAACGCUUUCCUGUUCUCAGAAAGCGUAUGGAUGAAGUUAUAGGGAACUUUCUGCGUGAAGGCCUUGAACCCUCUGAGACAAUGAUUGGACACAUUAUUGAAAUGGAGAUGGACUAUAUAAACACUUCCCAUCCAAAUUUUAUUGGUGGAAGUAAGGCUGUUGAGAUGGCUCUGCAACAGAUUAAGUCCACUAAGAUUCCUCUACCAAUGGGGAGGCCAAAGGAUGGUGUGGAGGUUGAUAAGGCACCAACAUCUGAAAGAAGCUUAAAGUCUCUAGCUAUUCUGGCAAGACAAGUUAAUGGAAUCAUGUCAGAUCAGGGAGUUCGGCCUAUGGCUGAAGUUGAAAAGGUUGCAUCCUCUGGAAACACAAGUGGUUCAAGUUGGGGAAUUUCAUCAAUUUUUGGUGGAAGUGAUAGUCGCACAUCUGCUGCUAAAGAGAGCUUAACAACCAAGCAAUAUAGUGAACCUCAGAGCAUGGAGCAAGUUUUCUCUAUGAUCCAUUUGAGAGAGCCCCCAACUGUGCUUAGGCCCUCAGAAAGCCAUUCAGAGCAGGAGUCUGUUGAAAUUGCUGUGACAAAAUUGCUAUUGCGAUCAUACUAUGACAUUGUUAGGAAGAAUAUUGAGGACUCUGUACCUAAAGCAAUUAUGCAUUUCCUGGUGAAGCAUACAGAACGUGAACUGCAUAAUGUCUUUAUUAGAAAGCUUUAUAGAGAGAACCUAUUUGAAGAGAUGUUGCAGGAGCCUGAUGAGGUAGCAACAAGGAGAAAGCGCACUCGAGAAACACUUCGGGUUCUUCAGCAGGCUCUCCGGACACUGGAUGAAUUGCCGUUGGAGGCUGAAUCAGUUGAGAGGGGAUACAAUAUGGCUGCCGAUCCAACAGGGUUGCCAAAGAUCCAUGGGCUAUCGACAUCAUCAAUGUAUACCACUAGCAGUUUUUCCAAUGAUUCUUACACAGCUUCUCCAAAUAACCCUAAGUACAGGAAGUCAUCUAACUCAGGGGAGCUACAAUCACAUUAUACUACUGCUGACUCUAAUGGAAGUGGGCGAAUGUACAUGCCAGGUCUCUAUCCAACAAUUGAUAUAUAAGCCAUUUGAAUGUUGGUGUCCUCAUUUGAUUGCGCUGUUUCGUUUAAUCCGACAAUAACAUAAAAAUUUCUGCCUUCAGGAGCUGGCUCAUAAAGUGGAGUCGAUGUUAAUGGCUGACAUCGUCCGUUUUCUUGUCUGUCACUUGCAUAUAUAGGGGUUAUAAGUGCAUUGUUUACAAAGUUCUGGAAAUAAUAACAGGGAGCAAAGUAUCCCUUAUUUUGUCACAUGCAAUAGUUCUCAAUAUAUAUUUUUUUGGGAAAGGGUUUUGGUUGGCGAUUUGUUGAGCAUUGAUGAUAUGUUUUCUGUCAAUUUGGCAGCUGAGAUGAUCUUUCAUUUCUAUCACAUGAUCAUCAACUUAAUCAGUACUAGGAUAUUGCUUCUUGAGGUUUCAUGUAAAUAUGAAGUAAUGUCUUUUUGUAUGGUUUUGCUGCUUUGUAUUUAAGAGACAGGCUUCAUUUAGAGGGCCUUGUUCUCUUUUUCCAUUGGUUUGGUUGGAUGUCAAAGUGCCAUGUUUUUUGGAUCAAGCUGUUUGCUUCAAUUGAAUAUUUUGCAUUCAUUCUUUGUAAUAAAAUUUUGAUUUGUUCUUUGUAAAA